AUGGCAAGAUUCUCUUGCCAUCACGAUGCAGCCAGGUAUGGGACCGUCCCAAAAGCGGUUCUGGCGCAACUUCCAUUCGAGGGAAGCACUAGAUCGCGGUGCCCGGACUGCAGAACGUCCACCCCUGAAGGUCUCCAGUUCCUCCUAGAGCGGAUGCUCGAUCCGCGCUUCGAAGCUCCCACCAGCCGUGAGCGCCUCUUGCAGUACCUGUUCGACAGGGCUGCCUCGCAGCGCAGGUCACCAGCCUUCAAGGAGCACUGGCCAACGCUGCAGAAGUGCUGGGCUAGCACUUCUAUCCGUCUGGCGAGCAUGGAUCAGAUCAACUACGUCUGCCAGGAGAUCCGCACGAAAUACGGUGCGGGCCUCGAGAAGCAGACGUUUGUGGAGCUGGGCGACGCCAUCUGCCGGGACCACGGCGUCGACCAGGGGCUUGACAAGACGGGCGACGUGGCAGAGACCUUCGACGCCUUCGUGGUGCAGCUGAACAACAUGAAGCACAACAUCGAGAACAUCGGCCAGUUUGAGAGCUUCUGUACGUCGGCUGCCAAGAUGGCGGAGCUUAGAAAGGUCACGGUCGAGACCUUUGAGCAGCUGGGUAAGGCGCGGGAGAAGUGUGGUACUUCCAAGAAGACUGCGACUGCGAGACCCGGGAGUUCGGGUAGCGUCUGGGAGUUGGGAGAUCUGGCCCUUCUCCUGGUGGACCGACUGGUGGUCUGGGACUCGGAAGAUCUGGUAGUCUGCGAAGACGUCUACUGGGCGCUCGUCAUGUGGGCGAUCUUGUUCACGGCCGCUGUUACCCUCGGACUGUGCAUGGGCUUUGGCUCGGGUGGCGUUGUCGCAGAUACGAACAAGCCAUUCUACAUUUACUACUCGCUCGCGAGCUCAAUUGCUGCGGCCUUUCAGCCAGCCGCGUACGGAGGCUUCACGCCUGCUGGAGGCCUAUUCGCCACGCUGACAAGCCUGGCAAUGUUGGGGAUCCUGGCGCCCGCUAUCGCAUUGGUUGGAGCGAUGGUUGCGCUGCUGCCAGGGUACCUCACUUUCAUCUACGUGCACGACUGA